AUGGUCACAGACCCAGAGAAAGCUGGGUUGGCAGCCCAGCAACCUAUACCUCAAAACGGCAGUGGCCCAACUAUACACCCAGCACUUCCCACGGCCAAAGAUGGUCACGAGAGAUCGGGCAAUGAAGACGAAGUCUCAAUUCAUUCGCACUCUUCUAUAGAAACAGUGGAACCUGCUCCACAGGAUCAAGAACAAGCUCCAGCGCAACGUUCCAAGUCAAGAACCUCUUCAACCCGCUCUCGCGCCUUGACCAUAGUACCACGUUCGAAAAGAAGGGGUCUGCUGGGGAGAUUCGCUCUCGUCCCAGAAGUUGAAAGACCUUUCGAUUACAAGAGGAGUACCAAAUGGUUUAUUACCGCGGUGGUUGCUUUGGCUGCGGCUGCUGCACCAAUGGGUAGUGCCAUAUUCCUCCCUGCACUUCCCGGCCUAGCAAAAGAUUUAAACGCCACACCAACGAUCACCAAUCUUUCCGUGGCCUUGUACAUGUUGAGCAUGUCGAUAUUUCCUCUCUGGUGGUCAUCCUUUUCAGAAACAUUAGGCCGCAGAACCAUCUAUUUGGUCUCCUUCGCUCUAUUCACAUUAUGGAACAUAAUUUCAGCCAUCAGUACAUCAAUUGGGAUGCUCAUCGUUAUGCGGAUCCUUGGUGGUGGUGCUGCCGCGUCAGUCCAAGCCGUCGGAGCUGGCACAAUUGCUGAUAUCUGGGAGGUGCGCGAGCGUGGGCGUGCCAUGGGGAUGUUCUAUCUGGGGCCGCUGCUAGGUCCGCUUUUGGCACCCAUAUUUGGCGGGGCACUAUCCCAGGCCUGGGGCUGGCGAAGCACCCAAUGGUUUCAGGUAAUAUAUGGAGGUCUAUUAUUCAUUACAUUAACAUUCUGUCUCCCCGAGACACUUCCACACCGAGUGGUUGCAUCAAGCCAACCUGCGGACCAAAAUACGACGAAAUCCGGCCUAACACGCUCCUCGACCCGACAAUCCAUUCAACAGAAGACAGGCAAGGUUGCUAAGGUCUUCAAGCGGUGCAUCAUUGACCCGCUUAGUGUCCUGGCAUAUUUGCGUUUUCCCGCCGUCUUGUUAUCGGUGUAUCUCGCAUCUAUUACGUUUGGCUCUUUAUACGUACUCAAUAUUUCUAUCCAGCAGACCUUCUCUGAGUCGCCUUACAAUUUCUCCGUAAUUAUCCUUGGGCUCAUGUAUAUCCCCAACGCUCUCGGCUACACGCUCGCAUCCCUAUUCGGCGGAAGAUGGACAGAUGUAAUAAUGCACCGGGAGGCACGAGCUGCCAACCGCUAUGAUGAAAGCGGCAAAUUAGUAUUCAUACCGGAAGAUCGUUUGCGAGAGAACGCUUGGCUAGCAGCAGUUAUGUAUCCAGGUGCGCUGGUUUGGUACGGCUGGACAGCUGAGAAGGGGGUCUUCUGGGUUGCGCCCGUGAUUGCCAAUUUCUUUUUUGGCAUAGGGAGUAUGAUCCUAUUUGGCACCAUCACCACAAUGUUAACAGAGUUGAUGCCACGACGCUCCAGCUCUGGAGUGGCCGUGAAUAACUUUCUAUCGGCAAUGGAUGGUUGUUUACCAUCUUGGGCAUUGCCUGCUGGAUCAGCUCUUUCGGUGUAG